AGCUGCAGCAAUCCCCGAGCAGGCAUCCCGUAGUGCCUUCUUUUCAGAACCCGAAAGCUCAAAAGCCCCUAGAAGUACCCAAUUACCCACCGACCUACCCACAAGAGAAGAAAACUGGGGGAGUGGAAGAUUGCAGAAAUUACAUUACAGCAUCCAUUUCUUCUCUACAACGUAGUUUCCACUCUAAGCAGACUGUAGCACAGAGGAACUGAAGAAUUGAGUAAAGAACUGCAAAAUACAUGGAUCUAACUCAGGGCCAGGGAACAAGUGAGUUGUUUCAAGCUCAAUCUCACAUAUAUAAUCAUGUUUUUAAGUUUUUAGAUUCCAUGUGCCUCAGAUGUGCAGUGCAAUUAGGCAUACCUGACAUAAUCCACAACCAUAAUCAACCCAUGACUCUCUCAGAGUUGGUCUCUGCGCUUAAAAUCCCUUUGGAAAAAGGCUUUUGCGUUCACCGGCUCAUGCGCAUGCUGGAGCACUCUGGCUUCUUUUCUAGAACAAGUAUGGAUGAAAAUCAAGAAGGGUAUAUUCUCACACCACCUGCUAAGCUCCUCCUCAAAGAUGCAGUCCUCAACUUGUCACCUUUAGUUCUGGCCAUGUUUGAUCCUGUCAUGUUAAUCCCAUGGAAUUUCUUCGGAGAUUGGUUCCAAGGAAAUGAACCAUCAGCAUUUAACACCGCACAUGGAAUGGGGUUGUGGGAAUAUGGGAACCAAAACCCUGAAUUUAAUAAGGUUUUCCAUGAAGCAAUGGCUAGCGAUUCCAGAUUGAUGAACAUAGCCAUCAGAGAUUGUAGACAUGUUUUUGAGGGCUUGGGUUCACUUGUUGAUGCAGGGGGUGGCUCUGGAAUUGUUGCAAGGAUAAUUUCUGAGGCCUUUCCGCACUUGAAGUGCACAGUGUUAGACCUCCCACAUGUUGUUGCUGACUUACCAGCAACCAAGAACUUGAGCUAUGUUGCCGGUGAUAUGUUUCAGUCUAUCCCUUCUGCAGAUGCCAUUUUAUUGAAGCAUGUUUUGCAUGACUGGAGUGAUGGAGAAUGUGUGGAUAUACUGAAGAGAUGCAAAGAAGCUAUUCCAAGCAAAGAUAAUGGAGGAAAGGUGAUUAUCAUAGACAUGGUGAUAGAUGCCGAGAAUGAUGAACAUGAAUUAGCUGAAACAAAACUCCAGUUUGAUAUGUUGAUGAUGGUUUUGCUCACUGGAAAGGAGCGAAAUGAGAAAGAAUGGGAACAUCUCCUCUUGGAGGCAGGUUUCAGUCGCUACAAAAUAUCUCUAACACCCACAUUUGGUUUAUGGUCUUUGAUUGAGGUGUAUCCAUAGAGAAUUUAAUUUGUAACCUGAGCUUGAUUAUGCUGUUAAGAGAACUGUUUUGAUGUA